AUGAGCAACAGCCGCCUGUCGAAGCGUAGGGUCGCUGCAGCAAGAGUAAUGCAAGGGAAAUGCCCAAUCUGCGGGAAAAACAGAGGAGAGAAAGUGUACGAGCAUCUGUUCUUUGUCCAUUCUUACUCCAAAGACGCAAUUAGACGCAUCCAACAGGAAAACCGUCAGGGGAAAGCGAACACUGCGAAUCUAAUGCAGUGCCCACAGUGCGAAUUUAAACUGAAGGACCACAGAGAGCUUGUCGAACAUUUUGAUGAUCACCACGCGGAUCGACCGGGUACGUACACUGUCGAAUCUAAGAGUUUUACCGACUAUGCCUCGUUUAAGAUAUGGAAGGAGAAGCUAGAAGAGGAGUCCGUCACAAGAUUUACCACUUUUUCGAAAAGCACUGGCCAAGCGUGUACGAUCACAUACUUCCGGUGCAGUAGGUCACUGGCAACCUCAGCGUAUAGAGCUUCCGUCAAAUCCACAAAAAAAGUUGUGAGAUACUGUACAGCAUUCAUGACGGCUGCGGAGCGACAAGGUGAGGUUCGUGUGGAGUUUUGUCGACAACACUGGGGACACCAACAGGAACCUGCCCUCCUUACAAUGAACGCCACGUCCGAGGCCUACAUCGUAUCGCUUUUGAAGGAAGGCUUCAAAAACGACCAGAUCUUGAAGAAAGUGAGGGAGACCUGUAAAGGCAGCGCAGGUACACAGACGCGGCUUUACUACACUACGAGAAGGGAUAUCUGGAACAUCGCCACUAGGAACAAGGUGGACCCAGCUCGUAGGGUUAGAAAAUUACAGCUGAACAACCACUGUCAAAAAGGUGGCUGUAACGUAUGUCCGUAUGGACUCCCCUGCGAAUGCGACUGCAAGUUAGGGGUAUCGUCCGCUCAUGCAGAUCUCUUAAAACGUACCUGGUACGAUGGAAACCUUAGCUCCCAUUACGGAUCACGUCUCGAUGACGGACGACUCACCAUCCACAUCUACAGCCACUGCUGA